CAGGCCUUAGAAAAUUGCCCCACUCCCGCUAUUGGGUCUCUCUUUUUCUUCUCUUUUUUCUUUUAUGUUCCCAACAUUUUGCUUAUGCUCUUUUCAAGUGGAGGUGGGUGUGUGUUGAAUGGAAGGUCGGAUGGGAAGUGGAGGUCAAGAAGGUAAUCUCGCCAUGGCAAGGGUGUAGAAGAUGAUCCAAACAGAUUUGAACUCCCAACCCAAACUUUAAAGAUACACUCUUCUAAGAUCACCAACCCAAAACCCCCCACGAAACCCAGAGACAGCCUCGCCGCUCUCUAUUCCAGAUUAUAUAUGCAUAUAUAACUCUCAAGAUGGAAGGACAUGAUCAUCAGCACGGACAGAUUAUCGAAAUAAGUGGAGAACUGCCUGUUGUACAGGAGAGUCUUGGAGGGAGCAAGAUAUGUGGUGAAGCACCUUGUGGAUUCGCAGAUGCUGGAACCAGCUCCAAGGAUGCCAAAGAACGAUCCGCUUCCAUGAGGAAACUUCUUAUAGCUGUUGCACUUUGUGUUGUCUUUAUGACUGUGGAAGUGGUUGGUGGAAUUGAAGCCAAUAGCCUUGCAAUUUUAACUGAUGCAGCACAUCUGCUCUCAGAUGUUGCAGGUUUUGCUAUCUCCUUGUUUUCUUUGUGGGCUUCAGGCUGGGAAGCCACCCCCCGUCAGACUUAUGGAUUCUUUAGGGUAGAGAUUCUUGGUGCUCUGGUUUCCAUCCAGCUCAUAUGGCUGCUUGCAGGGAUUUUAGUUUAUGAAGCCAUUUUAAGACUUAUUGAUGGCACUAGUGACGUCAAUGGCUUUCUAAUGUUUCUUGUUGCUACUUUUGGUCUGGUGGUAAAUAUUGUCAUGGUGGUCUUGUUAGGCCAUGAUCAUGGCCAUGGCGGACAUGAUCAUGGUCAUGAUGGUCAUGAUCAUGGUCACACCCAUGGAGUGAAGAUUACCAUGCAUCCUCAUCAUCAUCAUGAGGGGCACUCAGGGGAUGAAGAGCACCACCAUGCUGAUGAAGAUCAUCUUGUAUCACUGCUGAAAAAUUCUUCCCAGGACAAAAAUGAACCAAAAAGUGAUCACGAACAAAAGAAGCAACGAAACAUCAAUUUACAGGGAGCUUAUCUCCAUGUACUUGGGGAUUCUAUCCAGAGUAUAGGUGUCAUGAUUGGAGGGGCUAUCAUAUGGUAUAAGCCAGAGUGGAAGAUAAUUGAUCUGAUAUGCACACUCAUCUUUUCCAUCAUUGUUUUGGGGACAACUAUCAAAAUGAUACGGAACAUACUUGAUGUCCUGAUGGAAAGCACGCCUAGAGAAAUUGAUGCUAGAAAGCUCGAAAAGGGGUUGUGUGAGAUGGAUGAUGUGGUGGCCAUCCAUGAGCUGCAUAUAUGGGCCAUUACAGUGGGUAAGGUUCUGUUGGCUUGCCAUGUCAAAACAAGGCCGGAAGCUGAUGCGGACGUGGUAUUGGACAAGGUGAUAGACUAUAUUAGAAGGGAGUAUAACAUCACUCAUGUAACCAUACAGAUAGAGCGCUAGUACCUAUUGGGAGUGGAUAUUAUCAACCAAAUUCUAUGGGUACUUGGGCCCUCUUUCGUUAUUUAAAAAAACAGCUCUUUUCCUUUGUAUUUUUUAUCUUCCUCCUACGCAAGAGUAAUUUUCUUUA